AUCAGUCUGGAGCUCACCGCCUGGCUGAGGAGGUGAAAGUUUCGCCACAGGAAGAUAAACCGCAAAAGACAAUAUUGUACAUGAUUUGCGUUUGCAGUCGAGGAGAGGGAGUGGGGAAAAUUCCUUUCCGCUAAAAAUAAAUAGAAAUCCAUGACCAGAGUUUGUCAAACUCGCAUUGAGUAAAGUCACACAAAAAUCCUCCAAGCAAAAGCAGUGGUCAGAAUAUUUGCGCGUGCUUUUUGAUUUUCCUCGCGGUAGUUUCAGUUACAGACUGAAGAUGCUCUUGGACGCAGGAUCCCAGUAUCCUACCAUAGGAGUGACUACGUUCGGCUCCUCCAGACAUCACUCAACCGGAGAAGUCACAGACAGAGAAGUGGCUUUGGGGAUAAAUCCCUUUGCUGAUGGGAUGGGAGCUUUUAAAAUCAACCACAGCACCCACGACCUGGGCUCUGGACAAACGGCGUUUUCCUCGCAAGCACCAGGCUAUGCCGCUGCCCUGGGACACCAUCACCACCCCACCCAUGUCAGCUCCUAUUCCACCGCGGCUUUCAAUUCCACUCGGGACUUUCUGUUUCGAAAUCGGGGUUUCGGAGACGCAACGAGCGCACAGCACAGCCUCUUCGCCUCCGCAGCGGGAAGUUUUGCAGGGCCACAUGGACACUCGGAUGCAACUGGGCACCUGCUUUUUCCGGGACUUCACGAGCAAGCGGCCACUCACGCGACUUCCAAUGUUGUAAACAGUCAGAUGCGUCUGGGCUUUUCUGGGGACAUGUACGGUAGAGCCGAGCAGUACGGCCAUGUAACCAGCCCCAGGUCCGAUCAUUACGCUUCGACCCAGUUGCACGGAUAUGGCCCCAUGAACAUGAACAUGGCUGCACAUCACGGAGCAGGGGCCUUCUUUCGGUACAUGAGGCAGCCGAUAAAGCAGGAACUCAUCUGCAAAUGGAUCGAACCAGAACAACUGACGAACCCGAAAAAGUCCUGCAACAAAACUUUCAGCACAAUGCACGAGCUUGUUACACAUCUCACAGUGGAACAUGUCGGGGGGCCAGAACAAUCGAAUCAUAUCUGCUUUUGGGAAGAGUGUCCGAGGGAAGGAAAACCCUUUAAGGCGAAGUACAAACUUGUAAAUCACAUCAGGGUGCACACCGGUGAAAAACCUUUCCCAUGCCCGUUUCCUGGUUGUGGGAAAGUAUUUGCUCGGUCGGAAAACCUCAAGAUACAUAAAAGAACACACACGGGUGAAAAGCCAUUUAAGUGUGAGUUUGAUGGCUGCGACAGACGGUUUGCGAACAGCAGCGAUCGUAAGAAACACAUGCACGUCCACACGUCUGACAAACCCUAUCUCUGCAAAAUGUGCGACAAGUCAUAUACCCAUCCCAGCUCCCUCCGAAAACACAUGAAGGUUCACGAGUCAUCAACACAAGGAUCACAACCAUCACCAGCGGCCAGCUCAGGGUACGAGUCAUCGACGCCACCAACAAUCGUAUCUCCGUCUACAGAAAACCAGAACAGCAGCUCCAUAUCCCCAGCAUCUUCAACUGUGCAUCACACGACAAGUCACAGCGCGCUGUCGUCAAAUUUUAAUGAAUGGUACGUGUAAAAUAUUUUUAAAAAGACUGCAGAAAUAGGACUGCUUGAAAUCAAAGACUAAAAGCCAGCCUAUCAGUGUGGACCGAAAGAAAAAAAAAUCAAGGAAGCCAAAAUCUUUGGUAAACGGCGGUAUAUCAAGGAAGUGAAAGCAAUGGUUGGACGAGGUACAUUGCCGACUGAAAAGAUAAAAUGUUUUUUUUAAAGACUGCACACGUCUCAAAUUGCAUGCUAUCUGCGGGGCGCGGUCUGUUUUUGUACAUAAAGAUUUACUAGUUUAAAUAUGUAAUAUUUUAUUUUGUAAAUAGUUAUAUCACAGUUUAAGGGAAUUUGUGAAAAUGUGGUCCCUACAUUUAUGGAAAAUGAAAUGGUUUUAAAGAAUAAUGCGAUGAAUAGUCUUGAUUGAAAAGAGUGUUAUAGUUAAUGUGUACCAAAUGUGAAUUACUCAGUAUUACUACAGUCUACACGUCGACCUAACCGACUAUUAGUAUUAAUGUGCUUUUGUAUACAGUGCAAACAUUUCGUCUCAAGUCCAGUCUAAGUAGCACAGUAAAUUGUUGUUAUUUAAUGUCAUGUCGAUAAAUCGUAUAGUGAAAGCCUGAAACUCCGUGUCAAUCUGUUUAUGUACGAAAUGGUAAGAGAUAAACCUAUUUGUUCAUUACCUUGUUAAUUGCAAGAAAUGAAUAUAUGUAUAUAACUCAAUUUUCCAUAUUUAUCCGCAUGUAAAGGGCCGGUAUCACAUGUUAGAAAUGAUCGGUAUUUAUGGAGAAAUGCGUUCGUAUGUAAAAUUUAGUUUACACAAUUGUUUGGUUACUUUUCGUACAGUAUUAAAGACUUAAAA